UCAAAGAAACGAACUAACUAACUAACUAAACACCCGCUAUUCCAAAUCUCACAAUUCACACCAAAGCCAAACGAAGCCAUAAGACCUUCAUUUCAUUUCAUUCACAUUUUGGAAUUGGAAUCGGAAUCGUCUCUGCGAGUUGUUGCAGCCAUCGCCAUGGAUCCCCACCCAGGAACGUUCCCCAUUCUCUCCUACGUCAUGUCCCGUCUCCCAUCCUUCGGCCCCAGAACGCCCCCAUCCGCGUCAACCUCAACCUCCACCGCCACCGCCACCUCUUCCCACUCCCAUUUCGACAUCGAACAGCCACACUCCUCCUCCGCCUCCGCCGCCGCCUCCCCUUCCGCCAUCGUGGGCCAAAUGCCCAAUCUCGCCGACCCCGAACUCCUGGCCUCCAUGACGCGCGCCAUCUCGGACGUCUCCCAGGCCCGAUCCGUGCUCAAGGUCAUUGGGCCCCGGCCCACCCACGAGGACGUCGACGAGGCGAAGGCCAAGAUGAGCGACCUGGACGCCCACCUCUCCCGCCAACUGGAGGAGAUCGUGGGCCUCCCCAGGCCCCCCGAGAUCGAGGAGCCCCGCUGGCGGGCCCACCUGGCCGAAAAAGAGAAGAGCUGCAGGGACUCCGUGGAGAAAGAGAAGCGCAUCCUCAAGUCCCUCAUUCACCUCGACCAGAUGCACGACGAGUACGAGAAGCUCCUCAAGAACGCCGAAAAGCGAUUGGUCAAGAUGUACGAGGACGACGGCGACAACGCCAACCCCAACGACAACGACACCGAGGUCAAAGAACAGGUUGAGGGGAUACUUCAGGAGGCCUACGGAAAAGGCCUCGAGCGUGUCGAUCUUUCCGAGAAGCGCCUCAAGUACCUUCCUGAAGCAUUUGGCCGCAUUCCUACCUUGGUCGUGCUCCAUGCUUCCACCAAUCAACUUUCGGUGAUUCCUGACUCCAUAACUGGAUUGCAAAAUCUCGAGGACCUUAAUCUCUCCAACAAUGCUUUGGAGUCACUUCCAGAUUCAAUUGGCUUGUUGCAGAAGUUGAAAUUCCUUAAUGUCUCCGGCAACAAGCUCACUGCCCUUCCUGAUUCCAUUAGUCAAUGCAAGUCAUUGGUGGAGUUAGAUGCAAGCUUUAACAGCCUCACAUAUUUGCCAACAAACAUUGGAUAUGAAUUGCAUAGUUUGCAGAAGCUCAUGAUUCAUUUGAACAAGAUUCGAUCUCUUCCCUCGUCUGUUUGUGAGAUGAAAUCCUUGCGCUAUCUGGAUGCUCACUUUAAUGAGCUGAAUGGGCUUCCCAUUGCAAUUGGGAAAUUGACUAAUCUUGAAGUUAUGAACCUGAGCAGCAACUUCAGUGACCUUAAGCAACUUCCUGAGACAUUUGGUGAUCUGAUUAACCUCAAGGAUUUGGACCUCAGCAACAACCAAAUUCAUGCACUUCCUGAUACUUUUGGCCGCCUUGAUAAUUUGACCAAGCUGAAUUUGGAGCAGAAUCCUCUUGAAGUGCCACCAAUGGAGAUUGUGAACCAAGGGGUCCAAGCUGUGAAGAGUUUCAUGGUCCAGAGGUUGAUUGAUAUAUUGGCAGAGGAAGAAAGAAAAAGCGCGAAUGAAUUGCAAGAACAAGAGAAUGGCUGGUUAACAAGAAGCACCUCUUGGCUGAAGACUGUUUCUGAAAAUGUAUCUGAGAUGAUUAUGUCCCCCAAAACUCCCAAAGAAGCUUUUCUGAACCAGCAGCUAUGAGCCUAUGAGGGGGUGAUCCAGAACAACAUUGGGGUCUUUCGUUGGCGCCUAUUGUGAGAUGAAGAUUAUAAAAUAGAUACUAUCACCUGACAAUUAGCUAGUCCCUUCUCAGCCUUCUCUGGUUGGAUGCUAAGAUCAUUUUCUUUUUGCUAUUAAGUAUAACAGUUCCAGUUCUGUUUACAGGCAAUAGGUACAUGAGACAGAAUUUAUUACUUUCCGUAACAUUUACUUUUCUCCAAUCCUCCAGUUGUUUUAUACAGUUUGAUCCGAAUAAACUCAAUUGAAAAAGCUUUCAGUUUUUUUUUC